GCGGCGCGGCGGCAGUGCCGGCGCGGAGCCGCGGGGAGCCCCGUGCCCGUCGCGGCGGCGGCGAGGCGCAGCGCGGCCGCGCCCAUGGCGAGCAGCGGCGGCGGCGGCAGGUAGGGUCGGGCGGGGCGGGGGCCCGCUCCCCCGGCCAUGGCUCAGACGGAGCCCCCGAAGGCGGUGCGGCUGUGGCGCGACGCCGCCCUGCGCGCACGGAAGCUGCGGGGCGGCCCCGGCGAGCCCGAGCCCGAGCCGGACGCGGGGCCGCCGGGGGGGCCGCCGCCGCCCCCCGGUGCCGCCGCUUCUCGCCGCCCGUCCCUGGCGGCGGCGGCGCUGGGGGAGCUGGAGGCGCUGAACCUGAGCGGGAGGGGGCUGGAGGAGCUGCCCGAGGAGGUGGGCGCCGCCCUGAGCGGGCUGCGGGUGCUCAGCCUGCGGCGCAACCGGCUGAGCCGUCUGCCCGCCGCCGCCCUGCGCCACCUGGGCCGCCUGGCCGAGCUCGACCUCAGCCACAACCGGCUGCGGGGCCUGGGGGACGGCGGGGCGCUGGCGGGGCUGCGGGGCCUGCGCAAGCUCAGCCUCAGCCACAACGAGCUGGGCGCCGAGGGCCCGGGGCUCCCCCCGCGCCUCGCCGAGCUGGGCUGCCUCGAGGAGCUCGACCUCAGCUUCAACCGCCUGCGCCGCCUGCCCGAGGGCAUGGGCCGUCUGCGGCACCUCCGCACCCUCGACGUCGACCACAACCUGCUGCCCUCUUUCCCUGCCCCGCUGCUGGAGCUGGCCGCCCUGGAGGAGCUCGACUGUUCCGGCAACCGCCACCUCGGGGCCCUGCCCGAGGGCAUCGCUGCGCUUCGCCGCCUCAAAAUCCUCUGGCUCAGCGGCACCGGGCUGGCGUCCCUGCCCGAGGGUCUCUGCCAGCUGAGUGCCCUCGAGAGCCUCAUGCUGGACGGCAACCGGCUGCAGGCGCUGCCCGCUGGCUUCGGCAGACUACAGCGGCUCAAGAUGCUGAACCUCUCAUCCAACCUGCUGGGGGAGUUCCCCUCUGCCAUCUUGGCACUGCCCAGUCUGGAGGAGCUCUACCUGAGUCGCAACCAGCUUACCGUGCUGCCCCCUCACCUCUGUCAGCUCCACCAACUCCGCACUCUCUGGCUGGACAACAACUGCAUCCGCUACCUGCCUGACUCCAUCGUGCUCCUCCACAGCCUAGAGGAGCUGGUCCUGCAAGGCAACCAGAUCGCCAUCUUGCCAGAGGGCUUUGGGCAGCUUUCCCGUGUCACCCUAUGGAAGAUAAAAGACAACCCCCUCAUCCAGCCCCCUUACGAGGUGUGCAUGAAAGGCAUCCCCUACAUUGCAGCUUACCAGCAGGAGCUGGCUCACUCUCAGCCUGCCCUCAAACCCCGCCUCAAACUAGUCCUCAUGGGCCGAAAGGAUGCAGGAAAGACCCUGCUGAGACGGUGCCUCAUGGAGGAAAAUGAGCAGAGGGAGGACAUGGCAAGCCUGGAGGCAGGGAACACCCAGCACAGAGGGUUUUCUGGGCAACAGCAGGACAUUGGGAGGGUGACAGUUGGGUGUUGCCCCUUUCCGGAGCCUCAAGACAAUUCCUCAGCUCGGGUACCUGUCAUGCAGCAGGUGGAAUAUCUCCCUGUUGAGCGGCAGGAUAUCCCUUCUCGUGUGCCCUCUCACCAAACCAAAGGGGACAAAACAUCCCCUGCACCGUCACUGCCACCCAAUGCCCCCCGAGUACCACUGGGACUAGGACUAUCAGGAGGCAGUAAGGGCAUCGAGGUGAUGGACUGGACAGCAGAUGCAGAGCGGGGCCUGACAUUCAUUGUGUAUGAGCUGGCGGGGGACCCGAGCUAUGAUGUGAUCCAGUCUUUCUUCCUCUCCCCUGGAGCCUUGUACGUGCUGGUGGUGAAUUUGAGUGCCUACGUCCCUCAGCACUUCUACCCUUCUGUGGGCUAUUUCUUACACUGGCUCAGUUCCAAGGUGCCCCAUGCUGUAGUGUGCAUGGUGGGAACCCACGCUGACCUCUGUGCGGAGCGGGAGUUGGAAGAGAAGUGCCUGGACAUCCAUCACCAGAUCGCUCAGCAGGAGAAGAGGGAUGCUGAGGGACUCCUGAGCUUAGUCCAGCAGGUGGAUGAGGCUCUGGGACAGGACUUUGACCUGCGCUGCUCCAGCCCGCAUGCUGCCUUUUACGGGGUCUCAGACAAGAACCUGCGGCGAAAGAAAGCCCAGUUUCAGUAUCUUCUCAACCACCGCCCACAGAUCCUCUCUCCAGUGCUGCCUUUCAGCUGCCAGGACCGUUGCCAGGUGCGUCGCCUGCGGGACAAGCUCCUCUCGGUGGCUGAGCAUCGAGAUAUCUUCCCAAACCUGCACCGGGUGUUGCCCAAGUCCUGGCAAGUGCUGGAGGAGCUGCACUUCCAGCCUCAAGCUCAGCAGUUGUGGCUUAGCUGGUGGGACUCUGCCCGGCUAGGCUUGCAGGCAGGCCUGACGGAGGAUCGUCUGCAGAGUGCCCUGUCCUACCUGCACGAGAGUGGAAAGCUGCUCUACUUUGAGGAGCAUCUCACCUUGCGGGAGUAUGUGUUCCACAACCUGCCGCGGCUCAUAGACAUCCUCAAUGUCUUUUGCCAGCGGGAUGCCACUGUGCUGCUCCAGAAACUGCUCAGUGACACCCAGAUUGAUGAACUGAGGACCACUCAGCUCCAUCAUUACGUGGAGGGCUUCUUGUUGCAUGGCCUCCUUCCUGCCCAUGUUAUCCGUCUCCUUCUUAAGCCCCAUGUCCAGAGUCGGGAGGAUCUGCAGCUCAUUCUGGAGCUGCUGGAGAAGAUGGGGCUAUGUUACUGUGUCAACAAACCCAAAUGCAAGCCCUUAAAUGGGGCGGCUGCUUGGUACAAGUUUCCCUGCUACGUGAAGAACGAGGUGCCCCACGCAGAGGCGUGGAUCAACGGCACCAAUCUGAGCGGACAGUCCUUCGUGGUCGAGCAGCUGCAGAUUGAAUAUAGCUUUCCAUUCAUUUUCCCACCCGGCUUGUUUGCACGCUACAGUGUCCAGAUUAACAGCCACGUGGUUCAGCGGUCAGAUGGCAAAUACCAGAUUUAUGCCUACCGGGGAAAGGUGCCUGUGGUGGUGAGUUACCGGCCUGCCAGGGGAGCUCUGCAGCCAGACACUCUGUCUAUCGCUAGUCAUGCGUCCCUACCAAAUAUCUGGACAGCUUGGCAAGCUAUUACGCCUUUAGUGGAAGAACUGAAUGUCCUGCUCCAGGAAUGGCCGGGCCUGUACUACACUGUGCAUGUCCUCUGUUCAAAGUGCCUUAAAAGAGGGUCACCCAACCCACACACUUUUCCAGGAGAACUGCUGAGUCAGCCGAGACCAGAGGGACUGACGGAGAUCAUCUGUCCCAAGAACGGCAGCGAGCGAGUUAAUGUUGCCUUGGUUUACCCCCCCACUCCUACUGUGAUCAGCCCUUGUUCCAAGUGAGACCAGAAAGCAGACCUAUUCCCUUAUAAACCAUCAGUGCUGGUGCCAAAGGUUUUCCACCGGGCAGAAUAUGGCUGAUGCUCUGCAGUGCUCCCAUCUUUCCAGUUGUGGAGUUGAUGCUGACGGGGAUCAAUGGGACUUUGGACUUUGGACCCUGAAAGAAAUGCUGUGGGGCAGGGGCAGCUCCCAGGUGGGGGCCUCAUGGCUGGAGUGGAUGAAGUCAUCUGGAGGUUGGGGGUGACAAGGCAUGAAGGAAAAUGAUUGCUGCAGACGGCAGGGCCGCUGGCCGGAGGGAAAGCACUGGGGAUAGGUUUCUGUGGACCCAUUGAUCACGUGUUGAAAACCCAUUUGGAUCUCAUGAUGAAUGUAAAAAUGUUCUUGGUAUCCCAUUUAAUUCAGACCUGCUUGGAGGAAAGUCUCUUGAAAUGAGCUGUAGCGGGAUUCCCUGGAUUUGUUCCUGGACAAGAAGAAACUAGCGAUUUGUUGCUGUGAAGUUGCGUGGAAACCACAUUGUAAAGAAACCACAAACUGGAAUCCUUUUCCAGCCGGAGGCCUGUUUCCCAGUGUGCCCAUCUGGUCUGGGAUGCGUGAGCUUUGAAGGAGUGAGAGGACAGAGCAGACAUCAUACAGCCUGCUCCUGGGGACCGCAGCCCUCCUGCCGGGGUGUGCCACCUCCAUGGGAGCAUUCCCUGGCCUUUGCAGGCACUCAGGCUGCUGCUGUGCACUGAAGCCGUAAUGCCGGGAGCGUGGCAGUAUGGAGAUCAAUCUAGUUGGGUCUAUUUAAUAUGAAACGGUGAUUGCUCAUCCACCCACUGUUUAGUAACUGGUGUAACUGUUUUCAUCCAAAUUUUUUUAAUAUGCAAAAGCCAUUUAAUUUUCUAUGCACUUCAGAAACAUCUCCCCUUUGCAGUUGCCAGGUGGGAGAUUGAUGCAGGAGAACCAAACCAAGCGGCUCAUAGUACUUUUGAUUUUGCUGUCACUGUCUUUUAAGGAUGCACCCUGGGAUCCUCAUACAGUGUCCCUUUGCUGAGCUCCUGAUUGAGACCCCAGUUAAUAUCCCUGAGCCCCAGGGAUGAUGGCCCUGUGUUUCUGAAGGAUCUGUCAUUUUUCAUGAAUCAAGCCACAAAGGAAAGAGGGCUUGAAUGCAGUGCCCUGACAGCAGAUACCUGAGUUCAGAGUAUGUGUUAUGUUCCUGUUCUUGUCCCUGCUCGAAGAGUUACCAAACUGUUAGAAAUCACUAAGGCCUCUGUGGAGCACUCUGCAGCCUUUACUGAAGAUGUAUUAUAAAGAGGUGAGAAAGGACUGGGGCAUCAGCUGUCUCCCUGUGGAGCUGACAAGGAAUUUAACUCCUCUGGAAUAGGAGGAGAAUCUCCUGGUUACUCUAUCUCCUAGAUGCCUACUUCACUCAAGAUGAUUGUACUGGUUUUGCUUAUUGGUUUGCAGACCCCUUGCUUGACCGGUUUUUGAUUUCCUGCUGAAACUGGUUCAGACAGAUUUGGAAGCAGAGCUAGUGAGCUUUGAACUCCAGGACUUUCAGCAGAUGGAAGAUGUCCUGGAGUACCUUGUGUAACUCUCUGAAGCAAAACCUGGGAUUCAAACCUGCAUCCGUCCAAGUGAAACUCCCAGGAUAGUAGCUUUGCCUUCUUCUGGGUCUGUGUAAUGUAAGGAAUUGCAUGUCCCUAAGCAGCAUACAAAUAUGUAGAGGUGAGUGGGAGUAAGCCCAAAGGGUGAUACUGCACAUCUAGGUAAUUUUAGGGCUUACAGGAGUACUUGGAGACUUCUGGCAGCUGCAGAGGGUCCUGGGUGAUGGGACACCUCUGUUUUAAAUAUGCUAUAAGCAAAAACGUCAGAGAAUAUUGUUUCCAGUCUGCCACAAGGCCAGGGUGCCUUUGACUAGUCUCCUUUCGUGGCAGUGCUGUUUUUUCUGCAUUGUCUCUGCUCUGAGCUUGGGGAAUUCAGCUUUAAAAGGUUAAACUGAAAUAGAGCCUAGUUUGGGAUUUAUCCUGCCUUACGGUCUUUCAGAUCAGAUGGAAGAGACUGGGGGCUGCAGAAGCAUGGGUCAUCUCCCUUGCAGCAUCCCCCGUGCCACAGUUUCAUGGUGGCUGUAAAAACUCAGUAGUGUAUUUGGGUGCUGCUUUCCCAGGAACUCAAGAUGUGCUUGGCUGUGCUGUAGCACUGGAGCUUAUGUGGGGUCCCUGUUCUCUUCCCCAUUGUACCUCUGAGGCAGUUAAAAUUUGUCAAAGCAGUUGAGGCUCCUCACUGUGAGGAGUUAGAUACGGUUGUGUCAAAGGGAACUGCAAAUGUUACUUAGGAACUCACUAAGUGAGAUGAAAAUCCACUGGCUCACUCAUGCAGAGCCAGAUCCCGGAGCUCAGUUCCUCUCGUGCCCUUUGGAUGGGAUCUUGGGCUGGCAUCCUUGGAACAGCAGUGCCGGGAGGUGGAGAUGCUGCACUGCAGUAAGCACAAGAAGAGGCGAGCAAGUGGGCCUCAGUGUAGCACUCAUCACACGCUUCAUGGCUCAGUUCAUGGACUGUAAUUGCAGGUAUUCAUAUAAUCUACAUCACUGGGCAGGACUCUGCGCACACACACAUGCAUGCCCAGACACACAUGCACCACACCCACACUCGCCCACACAUCCUCGCCAAAAUAACUGAAAAUAAAAGUGAUCUCAAUCUCCA